AAAAUGUAUAAAAAAUAUUGAAUUAUUUUGAUCAGUGGUUCAGAGCCGGGGGAACAGGACGUGAAACACCGAUUUGCGGUCGAAUGGGGAACAUAUUUAGCGAGUUCUAGAGAUUUCAUAUACGCUCACAUAGACGUGAGGGGCGGUCGAGGCACUGGCGAUACAGUAUUACACGAAUCGUGGCAUAGAAUUGGAAAUACAGAAGUCAAUGAUUACAUGAAAGCCAUUGAAUAUCUCAAAACCAAAUACCAUUACAUUGAUAACUCACGAAUUGCUGUGUGGGGCUGGGCUUACGGCGGAUACAUAGCGGCAAAGAGUUUGAUCCAGAUGAAUCAACAUAUAUUCAACUGCAGUCUCGCAGUGGCGCCCAUCACUAAUUGGCUGUAUUGGGACUCGUUUACGUCUGAGCGCUACUUCGGUGACCCCCGGGUGUCGGAGGACAGGCAUCGCUACGAGAAGGCAAACCUCAUACUCAAAGCCGAACAGUUCAGACAAAAACGACUCUUUAUUCUUCACGGAACCGCUGAUGCCGAACAGUUCAGACAGAAACGACUCUUCAUUCUUCACGGAACCGCUGAUGAUUCUGUUCAUUUGCAGCACACUUUCAAACUAAUGAAAGCCUUGAAUAGCGCCGGAGUUCUCUAUAGAUCUCAAAUAUAUCCGGACAGUAAUCACUAUUUAGAUGACGUUAGGCUUCAUGUCUACAAAUCUCUCGAAACUUAUUUAGAAGAAUGCUUUGGACUCGAAGAAGGACUCAAUGAAGACACCAAUGAUAAGAAGAAGAAGAGUGACAACAAAUCCUAAUAACAUCUCAAACAUCAAACAUAUUCUCAUAUUCUGGUCACCAGAAUCUGGUGGUCUCUCCCCUCCCUCUGCCCUUCCCGUCCCUCUCUCCCUAUGUUUGUGAACAAUAUAUUAUAAAAGUUAUAAGAAUUAGAGUUAAAGAUAAGAAAGACAUUAAUAUCUAACAAAUAAGUGCUAAACGAUUGAUAAGUAUAUUGUUUGCGAUUUACAGAUGGAUUUCAAUAUACGGAUAAAUAAUUAAAAAACUAUUUUCUAUAAUAGAUUCAAACAAUCUUAUGAUAAAUUAAAAUAUAUUAUAAUAAAUUCAUUUGAAAAAUAGAC